AUGAAAUCCAGUGACAUGGAGUGCUGACCACCAACCAGCUACAUUGGAUUUCAGCAGAACUGCAGGAUACAAAAUUAGCAUGAAGAAAUCAGGGUUACUUUUAUUGGCACGACCUUGGUGCACUGCAGCCUCUGCCUCCCCGGACUCAAGCGAUUCUCCUGCCUCAGCCUCCUGAGUAGCUGGGACUACAGGCACCCGCCAUGCCCUGCUAAUUUUUGUAUUUUUAGUAGAGGCAGGGUUUCACCAUGUUGGCCAGGCUGGUCUUGAACUACUGACCUUACGUGAUCCACCCACCUCGGCCUCCCAAAGUUCUGGGAUUACAGGCAUGAGCCAUUUUCCUCUCAAGGCGUGGCCUUUUUCCUCUAACUCUUUAAAGAUUCUACUCCAUUGUUUCUUUCAUCCUAUGUUCUAUUGACAUCUAAUGUCAGCUUGAUGCUUAUUCCUUAAUUAGUAAUCUGCUCUUUCUCUCUUAAAAUUCUCUAUUUGUCUUCGAUAUUCUUAAAAUUCAGUACAAUGUAUUUAAUUGUGCAUUUUUGCUGUCUGUUUUAUUUGGCCCUGUAUGAGCCCUUGCAAUCUAAGGUCUUUCGUCUUUAAUUUUGGAGAGUGUUUCUUCUUUGUUUCUUUAAAUAUUUUCUCAUCUACUUUUCUCUCCUGGGGCUUCUAUUGUUAGAUUGUUGGACCUGCUAUUUCUAACCUUUAUAGCCUUUAGAUUUUCUUUAAAUUAAAGAAAAAAAAAACUGUGUUUAUUCUUUCCUGCUACCUACUGUGGAAGCCUGUUCUUUGUAACUACUCAUCUUUGAAUGAGGUAAGUUUUCCCUGUAUCACUAUUCAUAGGAAGACUGAGUGGUUGAGAGCUCCGAGUUCUGGGCUAAGAGAAAUUUUUCUUAUAUCUCAGGUUUAUUUAUGAAUUUUUUCCUUCAUAUUUCCCCAGCCAAUGGAUAUAGGUUGCUGUAGGACUAGUCGAGAGGCAAGGUUUAUCUUCUCCCUCCAUCACACUGCUUUCUGAAAAUACACUUGUUUGUGUAAUUCCUUCAGCCCUACUUCUUUUGUUUCUCUGAAGCAAAGUAGGUCUAGGAAAGCUCUUGCUGCCAGCCUAUACACCCUGCUGUGAGAGAUUUCGGUUUUGUAUUGAAGGUGUGCUCCUAGAAGCAGCAUACAUACUGAUUCUUUACAUCUGCAGCUGGGUGCAUCCUCUCUUCUCCCCAGUCCUGUUCAUGGCUACUCCUUUUGAUGCCUUUCUAUCUAUCUCUUGGUUCAUCUUUCUUGUAGCUUUAUUGAAGAUUUCUCAUUCUCCUUGUCAUUUUUUUUAAUUUUUGGAGAUUUACAAGAGGAGAAAAGGAAUAUGUCAUUUUUAUACUGCCAUCUUCACAUUGCCAUCUUCGAACAGGAAGUCUAAGCCAUCUUAGAAAUUCUUGUAUUUUCAGCUUGUAGCAAUUAUUUCACAGUAAUGAGUUCUAUUAGUCUGCUAACUGAAUGUAAAACAGUUUAUUCAUUUUUUUCAAAAUGUGCCUCUCUUGUUCCAUUAUUUCAGGAUUGGCAAAUACUAUAUUUACCCACAGGAUAGCCAUCUUGAAUUUAAAUAUUUUCACUAUAUCCUACCCUCCAAAUUUUAUCUUUUUACAUAAAGAUCACUAUUGUCAUAAGCCAGCCACUCAUCCUCUUCCAUGGGCCAUCUCUAAGAAUCUAAAACUGAGUUCAUUAUCCUAUGUGCGGCCACACCAUUGUUUUGUACAAAGUCACCCCUGAAUAUUGGUUUGUGAGCAUUCUGGUAUUCCUUGCUGCCAAUGCCAAAGAGCAGAGCUCUGCCCUCCAAUGACAGUGAUAUUUAAAAAAUAAAUCUAUGAAAGUCAUUCCUUGCCUUCUGGAAUCUCCCAUUCUAGAGUCUAGUUUAGGAAAGCUCUCUCUCUCUCUCUCUGACACACACACACACACACACACACACUACCACCACCAUCACCACCAACAAUAAAAGACUUAAGAACACUUAAUAAUGUGUAAAAAGUGGCAAAGUAGCAAAACGAAACUAUAUUUGUAACUGCUGUGGAGUCACAGAGCAGUAGUUGUCACUGUUGGGUUAAGGGAAGUCUCUCUGCAAAUAGGAAGUUUUACGUGGAGUUUAAACAAACGAUAGUUUAAGUCAUUGCUGGACAAUUUAUUAGCUCUAUAAUCUUGAGCAAAAUGACUGGUCUUUCCAAAAACCAGUUAACUCUGUCAUAAAAUAGUAUCUGCCUCAAAGAGAUUUUUUAAGUUAACUGAGAUAACACAUGCAAAACCCUUAGCACAAUGCAUGGCACAUAAUAAGUAUUCAGGAAAUCUCAGCUAUUAUUUUUAUGAGGAGAGAAAUUGAGUUACUGCAGAGGAGGUGAACAUUUUUGGCAUGAAGGCCUGAGGUUUUGCAUGAGGAUGUCAUGUAUGAAAGAGAGGAAGUAGAGUACUUAAACCAGAGAAGAGAUUCCAUUUAGAAAGCCAUUAGAUGGAGGUGUGGUGGUGGGUGGGAGUGGUGAGGAGAGGGAGCUGUACAAAUGAUGAAUUAAGGCCAAGUGGAAGAGCUUUAAUUUGAUAUGAUGAACAACAAUAGCUACCGCAUAACAAGGGGAUCCCAUUAAAGCAGCUUUCACGGAUUCCCUGGGACUGCAUUCCUCAAUAAAAUAUUAUCACAUAAAUUUUUACUUCUGGCUUUAAUUCUUAGGGAAACUGGGCCAAAAAAGAAGAAUAAACUCUAAGAAGUACUAUGAGGGAGGAAUGAGGACUUGGUAGUGGUGUAACUGUGUAUGGCAAAGAUUAGGGGGAAGUUUAAAGAUUAGCUCCAAGUUUGUGGGCCUGGGGACCUGGGGAUGGAGGUGGAGUGAAGGUAAUUUUCAUAGUGGUGAGGAAAGGGGGAAGUUAAGAAUCAGCCCUAGUGCUCCUUACGGUAUGAGAGGGGCUUGUCUAUAUCCCAAAUAUAUGGUUUAAAAGUCUCUGGGUCUCCUGGGUCACAGCCCUCACCCUGUGUCCCCUUAUCGCUCUUUGAUAGGUCUACAUUUAAUAUGAGGUUGGGACAAUCUUGAGUUUUACCCUUAACUAUUUUAUGGCAUAAGGUUUAAUAAAGAGGAAUCCAGUCAGGAUGACAGACUUAUGAAAUCAUUCUCCCAAUCUUUAUUUUAAUAUAUAGUUUAACAACAGAAAAACCUAAACAUAACACUACCAUUUUUUUUUAGAAAAAAAAUAAAGCAGACUAAAGUAACAAAGGCAUUUGUCUAAAUUGGCUGUAAUGAGACCAAAGAACCCUUGUAAAGCAGAUACGAAAACAAAAGCAAGGACUGGAGUGUGAAGAAGAAGGGAAAACAUUUGAAAACUUUUAUUUCCAAGCCUACCAAUCAGUAAAUAUUAUCCCCCAUUGUGAAUGAACCCCAUAUGAGGCUCUCUGCAGGUGGAUACUAAAGAAAUCCUAGGCAUUAGAUAUAUUCUCAGAGAACAUGAAAUGUGGUAGGAGGUAUAGGCCUCAUGAGAAUAAACUAAAUCAGGAUAUUUACACAGAACCAUCAAGUCCAGUACAGACUGAAGUAUGCAGCUGCUGUCCACCCAAAGUAGCUCAAAUCUAACGUGCUCAAAAGUAGAACUCAUCUGCUCUUUCUUUUGUAGUUCCUAUUUCAGUUGGAGGCAUCCAGUUGCUUGUGCCAGAAAGCUGGUUACCAUUCUUGACUCCUUCUUCUCCCUUCCCCUCCCUCUCUAUCAUUAUUUAAAUGACCAAAUACUAUCAGCUUUAACCCAAAUGUUUUUCAAAUCUGCCUCUAGGGGAGGCAGCCUGUGUAAACAGCAGUGUAGGCUAACAUUAUUCCAGCUUAGAUAUCUACGGGGAGGAAUCUCUUUAGACUCAAAUUUCUUUUCUAAGUGAGUGAAAUACAAUGACUUUCAAACCUAACAAAAUCAGGAACUUGUCUGCACCCUUCCAUCUGUGGGAAAUUGACAUGGACUCCUAAAGAUUGCUGUACAUGUCAAACCAAAUGGCAGAUAGAAAAGGUGGGGCCUGUUGGGGGGUAGGGGCAAGGGGAGGGAGAACAUUAGGACAUAUACCUAAUGCAUGCAGGGCUUAAAACCUAGAUGGGUUGAUAGGUGCAGCAAACCACCAUGUCACAUGUAUACCUAUGUAACAAGCCUGCAUGUUCUGCACAUGCAUACCAGAACUUAAAAUAAAAUAAAAUAAAAUAAAAUAAAAUAAAAUAAAAUAAAAUAAAAUAAAAUAAAGGGUGGUUGAGGACCCAAAGGACCCUAAUAAUGUCAACACAAACACAUUUUGUUGGACAUUCUUAAGUCUUCCUCUGACUUGGUACUGCAUGUGCUAAUCUUGGAAAAGUCAGCUGCCAGAACUUUGGGAAGCAGAAAAUUGGAUACAUGAGCUUGAUUAUUCAAAUAAAUGAUUUGAUACCUAAAUUAUCUGGAUAAUUGCCUCCUUAUGGUCUAGGGCAACCUGACCCCCCCAUACUCCUAGAGCCACAGGAAAUCUGAGAGUCAUAAUUGCCUGUGGGAAACUAAAUAGAGUGAGGGGGUGUCUGCAGAGUAGGAAAUGAAAACCAACUGUUCAAAGUGGCAAAUGAGUAACGUGUUCAUUGUGACAGGUAGAAAAUCAGCCCAGGCUGGGAGGAAGUCAGGAGAGUAAAUUUUGGUUGGUGUCUGACAAGUUCCUCAUCCUGUCUAUUUUUUAAACUUUGGUUGAUUUAUUCCCGAGUAACCCUUACCCAGUGUUAGUUUCUUGUUUAUUCUAUGCUCACAUAGCACCAGGGAACUGUACCACAUAUUUGCACUUAUUUAUAUGCUGCUUUGUAAAUGUUUUUAAGCCCUUUUUCUACAUGUGUGCCAUGUUUUCUGAAGUGGAUUUAUGUUCUUUGAUGUAGUCUCUUCAAUAGUCAUUUCCUGCUUUCCUCUCAUUUGCAUUUUACAGCUCUGUUCAUUUGAUAUUGUCUCAUGAAGACCUCCAUGUAACUUCUUAAUAACUUUAUCUACACUUUGCCCUCCUUCUGCUGUUGAGUAAAAGUAUGAAAGCAAUGCUGCAUGUGCAGUCAAGAUAUAGUACACCUGCUAUUAGGUUUCUGCUUUACAGUGAUCUGCUUUAAGACAACAACUCAAGCAACUCUGCAUCUAAAAGCCUGGAUUCCUUGUGCAUACUUUGUGUCAUUGUCCAUGAUGCACAACAAGCUGAGCCCCUUCCUGUUCCCACAUAACAACAUGGACUUUGCCCUACUCUGCUUGGAAACCCCUUUCCCCUUCUGCACUUGGGAAGUCAGCAAGAAACUCAUGCUUCAAACCCUAGCUCAGAGGGUUGAGAACCUAGCUCCUCUCCCAGGCAAUAUUCACUCAUCUCAUCUGCUCCCAGAAUACUGUUUACAAACAUUUUCUAAGGCCCAUGACCAUUUUAUGAUUUUGUUUUGUUUUCACAUUGGUCUUCACCAAAAUGCAUACUUCAAGACCACCGCUUAUUCAUUUUUAUAACCACAUUACCAAAUACUGCAGCUGUCACACAAUGGAUACUCAUAAAAUAUUGGAGAAUAAAUAUUCAGGGGAUAAGUUCUUGUGUGGAAUGUUGAUAGUUCUCUGUUCUAUAUUCCCAUCCCUCCAAGGAGCCUGCCAGGAUGAAUUCUUCCAGCUUCAUUCUUCAUACGCCUUCUCUGCCUCAAGAACCAGUGUCCUGCUGGUCCCAGUCCGUCCCUGCUGUUAUCCCAACUCUUCCAUUAAUUGGCAGAGGCAGAAUGGGGCCCCGAGAUAUUUUCAAAGCUGAAUGAAGAAAGCUGUAUUAGGAAAACAGUUAUAAGAUGAAGUUGAUUUAUUUUCUGAUCUCUGAAGGCUUUUAUUAGUGCGACGGGGGCAGGAAAGGAGGAACAAUAUAGCUAGACAGAGGUCCCUUUCUCACACUAGCUCCUGCCCUGGAUAGCAGGGUAGUGGGUGGGAGGUGGGGGAUUGCCUACAGUCAUAAUCCCCCCUACCGACAUUCUUACCCUCAUUUUCUUGCCUCAGGGCCCCCCAACCAAAAGGGAGUCUGUAACUGUAAUUAAGCAGUCUGUAAUCAACAAAGUCCCAUUAAGAAAUAAUGAGGCCAGUAAUGCAGUGGUUGCCAUUGGUGGGGGAUUAGUGAAACUCGUGGUUUCCUGCAGCUCUCUCACUUUCUGAGGAAGUGUUGGGGAGGGGAUAAAUUGUCGACUCAGCACUAUUAGCAUUAGUCCCUGCACUCUCCCCCAUACUCUCCAGUUAAACAUCUUGCUGAAAUUGGUUGGAUGUGUUAGGUGGGACAUCACUGCCAUCUCUGAUAAAGGCAUGCAUGUGAGUUCCUUGCUGGCAGGGUUACAUCAUAGUCAUCUCUGCAUUCCCAGUGCCUGGCACAUCAUAAGUGCCCAAUAAAUGUUCCAUGAAUGCCAGGAGAGAGUGGGUUAAAAGUGCACAUUAAGCCUAAGACCCAAAUGUCCCACCUUCUUGCUUAAGACAUUCUCAAAAAGAUUGUGGCUCCAGAAGAUGGCCGAAUAGGAACAGCUCCGGUCUCCAGCUCCCAGCCUGAGCGACACAGAAGACGGGUGAUUUCUGCAUUUCGGUUUGAGAAUGGAUGAGCGACCCCACGCAUGGACUGGUCUCUGCAAGCACUGAUGAAACAGACCUGGGCACAUCGUGAUUUGCAGUUUUCCUGGCGCCAUGAGCAAGAUCAGCGAGGCCGUGAAGCGCGCCCGCGCCGCCUUCAGCUCGGGCAGGACCCGCCCGCUGCAGUUCCGGAUCCAGCAGCUGGAGGCGCUGAGGCGCCUGAUCCAGGAGCAGGAGCAGGAGCUGGUGGGCGCGCUGGCCGCAGACCUACACAAGAACGAAUGGAACGCCUACUAUGAGGAGGUGGUGUACGUCCUAGAGGAGAUCGAGUACAUGAUCCAGAAGCUUCCCGAGUGGGCCGCGGACGAGCCUGUGGAGAAGACGCCCCAGACUCAGCAGGAUGAGCUCUACAUCCACUCGGAGCCACUGGGCGUGGUCCUCGUCAUUGGCACCUGGAACUACCCCUUCAACCUCACCAUCCAGCCCAUGGUGGGCGCCAUCGCUGCAGGGAACGCGGUGGUCCUCAAGCCCUCGGAGCUGAGUGAAAACAUGGCGAGCCUGCUGGCUACCAUCAUCCCCCAGUACCUGGACAAGGAUCUGUACCCAGUAAUCAAUGGGGGUGUCCCUGAGACCACGGAGCUGCUCAAGGAGAGGUUCGACCAUAUCCUGUACACGGGCAGCACGGGGGUGGGGAAGAUCAUCAUGACGGCUGCUGCCAAGCACCUGACCCCUGUCACGCUGGAGCUGGGAGGGAAGAGUCCCUGCUACGUGGACAAGAACUGUGACCUGGACGUGGCCUGCCGACGCAUCGCCUGGGGGAAAUUCAUGAACAGUGGCCAGACCUGCGUGGCCCCUGACUACAUCCUCUGUGACCCCUCGAUCCAGAACCAAAUUGUGGAGAAGCUCAAGAAGUCACUGAAAGAGUUCUACGGGGAAGAUGCCAAGAAAUCCUGGGACUAUGGAAGAAUCAUUAGUGCCCGGCACUUCCAGAGGGUGAUGGGCCUGAUUGAGGGCCAGAAGGUGGCUUAUGGGGGCACCGGGGAUGCGGCCACUCGCUACAUAGCCCCCACCAUCCUCACGGACGUGGACCCCCAGUCCCCAGUGAUGCAGGAGGAGAUCUUCGGGCCUGUGCUGCCCAUCGUGUGCGUGCGCAGCCUGGAGGAGGCCAUCCAGUUCAUCAACCAGCGUGAGAAGCCCCUGGCCCUCUACGUGUUCUCCAGCAACGACAAGGUGAUUAAGAAGAUGAUUGCAGAGACAUCCAGUGGUGGGGUGGCAGCCAACGAUGUCAUCGUCCACAUCACCUUGCACUCUCUGCCCUUCGGGGGCGUGGGGAACAGCGGCAUGGGGUCCUACCACGGCAAGAAGAGCUUUGAGACCUUCUCUCACCGCCGCUCCUGCCUGGUGAGGCCUCUGAUGAAUGAUGAAGCCCUGAAAGUCAGAUACCCCCCGAGCCCGGCCAAGAUGACCCGGCACUGAGGAGGGGUUGCUCCACCUGGCCUGUUCAUACUGUGUCCCAUCGGAGUGUGGACCACCCUCGCUGGCUCUCCUGGCCCUGGGAGAAUCGCUCCUGCAGCCCCAGCCCGGCCCCGCUCCUCUGCUGACCUGCUGACCUGUGCACAUCCCACUCCCACAUGGGCCCAGGCCUCACCAUUCCAAGUCCCCACCCCUUUCUAGACCAAUAAAGAGACGAAUACAAUUUUCUAACUCAGCAAA